AUGGGUUCUACUCGUUGUGCUUUCUUGAUUUCAACGGCAAUUAUCUUGGUUUUGAUCACACGUUCAUCGAGUGCACCGGAUGCUGCAACUCAAGCACUGAUAAACAAUAUUUGCGGACAGACGGACGAUUCCAAAGAUUGUCAAAGAUCUUUUUACGGAGAUUUGUACAGCGACUCAAUGGAUGCUAAAGGGCUAACCCAGGUAGCUCUUGCCCUAACAUUGGAGAGCGCGUCCGAUACACGUAUAUACCUACAGAAGGCGCAGUCGGAUGAAAAGAGACAAGAUGUUAAAAACCUCUAUAGGAUUUGCAUACAGCAGUACUUGUCGUUGAUAAGUAAUUUCGAAAACGCGAGCUUGCACUUUGCAGAGGAGGAAUACAAACUCAUGAUUUCCGAUAUCGAACCGUGCGAGAGGUUCGUGAAUUCGUGUCAACUUGUUAUGGGCACAAAAGUGGCCGACUUGGGUGCGAAGAAUUUGCAUACUAAAGUGCUUGUUAGGAUGUCACUUAUUAGUGGUAGGCUUAUCCAGGGUUCGUAG